AUGGUUUAUCCGAGUCCCGGUUUAGUCAAUAUUGAGGGCACUUUCCCAGUGAUGGGACCCGAUAUGAGUCAUUUACAAUCUCUGGGACCGAUGACCCGAUACGCGUCAGAUCUGCUUCCGAUGCUUAAAGUGAUGGUCGGACCAAAUGUUCGUAAACUCAAACACGAAGACAAUGGCGUCGAUCUCUCAAAAGUCAAGAUCUAUUACAUGGAAGAGAAUGGGAAUCCAUUGGACACUAAUGUGAGCCCAGAUAUCAAACGAGGCAUUCAACGAGUGUUGUCUCAUAUGAGGCAAAAAUACGGCACUUAUACCCGAAAAGUGCAUUUCGAUGGCUUUCGGGACGCGUUCUUAAUUUGGGUCUAUUUUAUUAAACAAACAAAAAUCUCAAUCCCAGAAAAGGCGGCCAAUUCUUCGAGACUCGAUGUCAUAAUUGAUUUAAUCAAAUACUUCCUAAACCUUUCUGUCUAUACAUUGAAUUUAUUAGUGAUUAACGCUGUCCUCGCAUUGCUUCCCAGCGUUGACUCGGAAUUUGGCAAAAAGUAUAUCCGUUUAGGACGAGAAAUGAAACAAGAAUUUAAAACAUUAUUAGGCAGUGAUGGGGUCUUCAUAUUUCCAACACAUCCCGAACCGGCGAUCAAACACAUGUCAACAAUACUUAAGUUAUCCAACGUUUCGUAUACCACUGUUUUCAACGUAUUGGGAGUACCCGUCACUACCUGUCCAUUGGGUCUCAAUAAAGAUGGUCUGCCUAUUGGUAUACAGAUAGCGAGCAAUCCUUUUAACGAUCGCUUGACUAUAGCUGUGGCACAAGAAUUGGAGAAAGCAUUUGGCGGUUGGGUUUCGCCAUCAAAAAUAGUUUGCUAACUAUUAAUCAAUAUUUUAUUCAAUUUUUAUACACAAAUACUAAUAAAUAAUAGUUUUAAUUGCAAAUAAAAUAAUAAA